AUGAACGUCGACGAGAGCGUUGACCGCCUGCUCGCAAUGCUCGAACGCGAAGGCGUACCCAGCGUCGAGCCGCCCCUCAGCAUCAUGGACGCGCCCAACUGCUACUUCUUCUCUUUGAGCACCGUUGGUAUGUCCAAGGCGGUCAUGUCGACGCAGACUAACGCGUAUGAACAGACCCACGCGCUGUUCUCCGCGCCUGGCUUCACUUCCUUCAGCGAGAGGAACUGGCCACCGGACAUGUCCUUCCCGCCGGAGGUGACGCCCCUUAAGCCUGGCGAGCUUGCCAUGCUGACCCUGUCCUUCUUCCACAUGGACGGGGACGGCAUGGGGGGCCUCUCAUUUGACAUCGGCGUCCUCCUCCGCAUCAUUGACCGUGAAAAGCUCUGCCGAGGAAUGGCGGUGUCGCCAAUGCUCCUGUCGCUCGUGUGCUCGCCUAACCUGCACAAGAGACCUACUCACUCGGUCAACCGCUUUCUCACCGGUGAUGCUCCCCUCGGGCCUGACUUGCACAACGAGGCGAAGAUCGUGUUCGGCUGCCCCUUCAGGCAGGUGUGGGGUGCGUCCGAGGCGACAGGGGCCGUGAUGCACGCCGCUCCGUUCGGCCUGGAUAAGGGCGGCCAGCUCUUUCCCGGAAGUUCUGGUAAACCCGUCGUCGGAGUUGGGUUCCACAUCGUAAAUGCCGGUGGGGACACGCGCGAGCGCACCAACCUCCCGCCUGGCUAG